AUGAUGCAAGGAAUAGCGGACAGUUUGAUCAUAUCUGGCAGUAUCGAAGGUGUGAAUUGUGACAUGGUGAUAGAUACGGGAUCUAACAUUACAAUUUUGAGACCGGACGUAUUGGGGCGAGUUUCGAAAGACGUAGACAUUGAUGUACAGCCAGUAGACAGUUUAUUACGGACAGUAACCGGUGAAACAACACCAUUACAAAGUCGUGGUAAGCUCGCUUUUCAAGUUGGAAAUUUGAAAGUCGUACAUGAUGUAUGGAUUGCAGAUGUCGAGAACGAGUGUAUUUUGGGACUAGACUUUCUGAUUUCGAAUGACUGUGUUGUUGAUGUACAAGAAUCCUGUUUGCGUAUUGGCCCGGAAGAAAUUCGAUUCAAGGGGAUGACAGCCACAAAGAAAUCAGUUUGUCGCAGAGUGAUGGUUGCUGAAACAUGGUUGGUUCCACCGAAGAGCGAAGCGAUAAUUCCAGGAAUGCUGGACGGUGAUGGUAGUUCUGAAGAAGGUUGGGGAGAAAUCAACCCUAGCAAGGAACCAGGAUUGUCCAGUGAUAUUCUCGUAGCAAGGACGGUUGUAGAUAUUCGUAAGCCCAUAUUUGCUGUAAGAGUGUUAAACAUGUCGGAUGAUGAACGAAUAGUCCGUGAAGGUACAGAUGUUGCUAGUUGUGAAAUCAUCGACAGUGUGACCGUGGUGGGGAAGACUGAGCCUGGAAGUCGUGAAGCGAGUGAUGAGUUACCUGAAGUGGUAAAGAAGCUUUAUGACCGUAGUUCCGGAGGUUUGGACGAUUCACAAAAGAGUCAGUUGUAUUCGUUGCUGGUGGAAUUUAAAGAUGUGUUUUCAGAAAGUUUAGGUGACAUAGGGAGAACAUCUUUAACUUCACACAAGAUUGACACUGGUAACCAAAAACCGAUCAAACAACAACCGCGGCGUCUACCACUGGCGAAGGUGGACAUUGCACAAGAGGCGAUUAAAGGAAUGCAUGAGCAAGGAAUUAUCGAACCUUCAAGCAGCCCCUGGACAGCGCCUAUUGUCUUGGUGAAGAAGAAGGACGGCACAAACAGGUUCUGCGUUGAUUACAGAAAGUUGAAUGAUGUGACGAAGAAAGAUUCCUACCCGCUCCCUCGAAUCGAUACGACACUUGACGCGUUAGCUGGCUCGAAGUGGUUUUCAACUCUGGACAUGAAGAGUGGUUAUUGGCAGGUGGACUUGGAACAAUGUGACAAAGAAAAAACGGCGUUCUCGACAGGCUACGGGUUGUGGCAGUUCACCGUUAUGCCAUUUGGGUUAUGCAACGCCCCCGCUACAUUCGAAAGGUUGAUGGAGUUAGUUUUGGCUGGUCUGCCUUGGAGCGUGUGUCUUCUCUACUUAGACGACAUCUUGGUACAUGGAAAGACGUUCGAAGAAGAGAUACUUAAUCUACGCGAAGUCUUUGGUCGUUUUCGAGCAGCCAACCUCAAACUGAAUCCGAAGAAGUGCGAGCUGUUCAGACAGAAAGUGCUCUAUCUGGGACAUAUUGUGACCCAAGAAGGAAUUUCAACGGAAACAAGCAAAGUUGAAGCUGUGACUACGUGGCCAAGACCUACGAACAAGCGAGAUUUAAGAGGAUUUCUAGGACUUUGCUCGUACUAUCGCAAGUUCAUUAAGUCAUUUGCCGACAUUGCAAGCCCAUUGCAUAAACUCACCGAGAAAGAAACUGUGUUUGAUUGGUCUGAACAAUGUGAGGAAGCGUUUGGAGAAUUGAAGCGUCUUUUAACGGCAGCCCCAGUGUUGGCCUACCCAAUUGCGUCAGGGAGAUUUACGAUAGACACGGAUGCGAGCGAGAGAGGAAUUGGCGCUGUCUUAUCUCAAGAACAAAACGGAAUAGAAAGAGUUGUCGCGUACUUUAGUCGAAGUCUGAGCAGAAGAGAACAAAAUUACUGUGUGACGCGAAAAGAGUUACUGGCAGUGGUCAAAGCAACAGAAAAGUUUCAUUAUUAUCUCUAUGGUCAACGAUUCGUGGUGAGAACUGAUCAUGCUUCAUUAAAGUGGUUGUUCAAUUUCAGGCAGCCAGAAGGACAGAUUGCUCGUUGGUUGCAGAAGUUACAAGAAUAUGACUUUGAGAUCGUGCAUCGUGCAGGAAGAAGUCAUGUCAAUGCAGAUGCUUUGUCACGACGACCAUGUUAUGAGUCAGCAUGCAAGUUCUGUUCGGCUUUAGAAGAUAAAGAUAAUGAAAACGAAGCGAUAAGUGAGGAAGAAGAAAGGGAUAUGCGCGGAAAUGGAAUUUCGAGAGGGGCGACCAUAAACCAAGACGAACUGUUGUUUCAAAUUUGGACAAAGGAAGAGCUCAGGACGAAGCAAGUGGAAGAUCCAGAUAUUAGACAUGUGAUGGAAUGGAAGAUUAACGGAAGACCAGAAUGGAAAGACAUUUCGGCUAUGAGUCCAGUUACAAAAUCAUAUUGGGCGCAGUGGGCAUCAAUUGAUGUGGUGGAUGGAAUCCUUUAUCGACGUUGGGAGGAUGCAAGUGGACGUGAAGUGAAGUAUCUCUAUUUAACACCAAAGGCGAUUCAAGAUGAUGUUUUGCGAAAUCUACAUGACUCUCCAACUGCGGGACACUUCGGCGUGAAGAAAACGUUAGCUCGCGUUCGACAACGUUUCUAUUGGAUAAACCUAAGAUGGUCAGUGGAGAACUGGUGCAGAAAAUGUGAGAAAUGUGUGUCGCGUAAAGGAUAUCCUAGAAGAGCCAAAGCUCCGUUGAAAUUGUACACCGUUGGUUCGCCGAUGGAGAGGAUAGCUAUCGACGUGUUGGGACCGCUUCCAAAAACAGAUUCGGGAAACCAAUAUAUACUCAUUGCUCAAGAUUACUUCACGAAGUGGCCGGAAGCCUUUGCUCUUCCAGAUCAACAAGCAGUUACAGUCGCAGAAGUGUUGGUCAACCAGUUCUUCACUCGGUUUGGGAUCCCUAUGGAGUUACAUUCUGAUCAAGGGAGGAAUUUCGAAUCUGAAACUUUUCGAGAAGUUUGUCGGUUACUUGGAAUUAAUAAAACGAGAACAACUCCUUACCAUCCUCAGUCGGACGGAAUGGUGGAACGUUUUAACAAGACAAUAGAAGAUGGAUUGGCGAUGUUUGUGAAUGCUCAUCAAACCGACUGGGACAUGCAUAUUCCUCUGUUGUUAAUGGCAUAUCGUAGUGCAGAACACGUAGCAACGAAGAUUAGUCCAUCCCGGAUGAUGCUUGGUAGAGAGAUGAAAUUGCCUAUUGAUGUUUGGGCAGGACGACCGGAAGGUGGUGAGAUGCCACGAAGCAGCCCGAUGUACGCGCAGAAGUUACAAGAAAAGAUGGACGAAGUGCAUAUGUUUGCAAGAGAUAACUUAAAAAUCAGUUCUGGUGCGAUGAAGCAACAUUAUGACGUGAAGGCUAUGGCAGUGAAAUACGAAGUUGGCACGGGUGUUUGGCUUCAUAACCCACAACGGAAAAAGGGAAGAUCACCAAAGUUGAGCAGAAAUUGGGAGGGCCCUUACGUUGUGGUGAAGCAAAUAAAUGACGUUGUCGUUCGAAUAAAGAAGGGGCCCCAGGCAAAGCCCAAAGUCGUGCACAUCAAUCGACUGAAACCUUACACAGGUGGAGAGUAUUUUGGUUGGUUCGCAGAGAAAGGAAGCAAUGGUUCCGGAACUUCGAGGAACUUAGAUAUCGGCAAGUCGACUUUACCUGGGGUGAGGACAACAUCAAAGAAAGAGAGUAAUGGUAAAAACACAAACAGUAGGACCACGGUUGAAUCGUUGCGUCGCGGUAUACGAACUAGGAAACAACCACAAAGAUAUACACCGUAAGAUUUUUGGUUGAAAUUGUUCAACGGAGACCGAUGAACUGGGGAGAGGGCAAUGUAGUGCCGGUCAGAGAACAAUUGGGACAAAUGACUAUUAUGUGUGUUAUGUGUGUAUUGUGUGUUACUAUGUAAAUUUGUAAAUAGAACAAUAAAACUAUAUAGGCGUGAAAACUAAUUAGGUUAUGUAAAUUGACAGUGUGUAUAAAAGGACAAUUUUAAUACGAUUUGGUGUGAUUUCUUUAGUAAAUAAAGCGUGUUUGUACGAAGUUGUUUUACUUUGCUGUGGCGGGUUUUUUUCGACACGAUCUCGCUUAAUCUGGCACAACAAUAUACUAACAGAAUAUCUAACACUUUUUGGUUUGCCAUGCUUGUAAAUGAAUAUAAGCCCUACGUUUCAAUUCAAAAAGUUCGAAAGAUGCAAAAUUUGGGCAAUGUUUAUAUCUGUGGUCCCCCUUUGUUAUGAGCAGAACCGAUGCGCAGAACGGAGUGGACAUCAUCUUUAAAUUGAGCAUAGUUUUUCACCCCAUGAUAUUUUUUUAGGAAAUAAGAAAAUUUAAAUUCUGCCAGGCAUAUCAGUUAUUUUGUGCAUAAUUAGCAAUUUACCUGGGUCAUUUUCUUGUAAAGUAUUAUACUUAGACAAAUUUUUCAUUCUAAUGACCACCCCUAAAACCAACCCUUCUGAACACUAUAAACACUUCAGAAAGGCUAUUGCUUUUCCUUUUCGGAAGUUAGAGUAUGUCGACACUGCCGUUUUAGGGCGGGGUCAUUUUCAGGACUUUCGUCCCGGAUUCAGGUUUUGGCACAUAUUCCGUUAGCGGUGGCUACCUCGAAAGCUACUAUAGCCACCGCACACUUCCAAUGUAAACUAUUAUGUCAUUCGAUUCCUAUUAUACUGUAAAGCUUUCUUCUAUAUAUCAAUUCUACUCCAAUUAUGUAACAAAGUGUGAAUAAAAUGAAUCUUGAAUCUUGACCGCCAUGGUCAUUUUACCCAAAAACAGUUGAGAUUACCUGUCCUAAAUGAAACGCAUACAAACUCAUAUACAGGUUCUAGACUAGUAGUGGUAUAUCAUUACCAAGAUUUAGAGCUCGGCUACGAUACAGAUAAACGCAUAAUUAUGUAAUGUAGUAGAUAAUAUUGCACAAUAUGAAGGGAUGUGUAUAUCAUGUAUAUAGUAUAUGUUUAUGACUGUGUGUAUACAUUUUGAUCCUUUUUAUUUUUUUUUUAUUAGUCAACAACCCCUUGGAAAUCAACUUUGGUACAAUAUUU